AUGGCAUUGUCACCUUCUGCAUCUGGUUCGUCCAUGGCCGGACGGGAGUUGUGGAGCUGGUGGGGUCAACAUUCACCCAUGGACGUAACGGCACAAUCAGAACAUCCUUGUCGCGUCGAGGCAAGAGGGUGUGCAUGCGGAGUUGGUGUCCCGCGCUUCGGUGGCUCUGUAUGGCACAGCACUGGGGUGGUAAAUAAGCGCACAAAAAAGCACAACGGUCAUGGUGGUUCAGCGUCGUGUGGCGGCUUCUGGUGGACGAGUGGAAAGGGACGAGAGAGGAGGGGCUCGCAGACGGCCGACUGCCGUACUGUAUGCUCGCUUGAUUGCGAUACGUGCAGCGUCGCGAACAACCGCACAACUGCAAGCAUCAUUGCACAACCGCCAGACAGCUGCACACCCAGCGGGAUUCGGACGGCAGAGCGUAGGGCUGCAGCCGGGGCUAGGAGGAGAUGA